AUGGCCGCGCGCGGCGGCAGUGCCAGCGCCGCCGAGUGCGCCCGUCGCCACCCCAAGAGCUCGCCGCUCCUCGACCUGCUGCCGAAUAGUGAAGAUUCCUCCGACGGUGAGGGCGGCGGCGGGGCCGGCGGCGACGCCGACUCUGCAUAUGGCCGUGACGACCGUGCGGCGGGUGACGCGGCGGCCGCGCGGCGCCUGUCAUGGAUCGGCCAGGAGGACCUGGAUUGGUUCUGCGAGCGCAUAGCGCCCGCGGAGGCGCGGCUCGUAUCCAUGGAGGGCGGCCCAAUCGGCGACGGGUGGCAGCCGAUGAUGUGCAAGCACGUGCCAGGGGAGGUCAAGUAUGUCGCCUACAUGCGCGGCCUGCCCAACGGCACCACAGAGUACCUGUCAGCAACGCUGGCUGCAGACACCACGGGAGCAGAGAUGGUGGAGUUCUUCGGGGACGACCCAGAGCGGCUCAAGUGGGACCCGAUGCUGCACGCCACGCAGCUGGUGGAGCCGGGGCGCAAACUCAAGCGCCAGGCAGAGCAGAUCAUCCUGUGGCACCGCAAGUACCCCUUCGCCUUCCUCAAGGACCGCUGGUACUGCAUUGCCCGCAAGGUCUUCCCGCCGCCCGCGGGCCACGGCCACGCGGCACCCCACUAUGGCAUCAGCAAGGUCGUGCCCAGCCCCAUUGCGGAGGCCUACGCUGCGGAUGAGAUGCCCGGCGUCAAGCGCAUCGACGAGUUCUACAGCAUGUGGAGCUGCCGCACCGUGCCCUCCCCCUGGCCGGCGCCCGACGGUGGCGCCGCCGCGCCGCCCGCAUGCCUGACUGUGCUGCUGCACCACGAUAACAUGAAGGUGCCCGAGACCUUGGCGCGCGUCGCCAUCAGGACAGGAAUGUGGAAGUUCCUGCGGACGAUGGUUGCUGCGACGCGUCCCUGGGCCGCGGCCCGCCGCAGGCGCGUGUCUCCCUUUGAGGACGACCCUAACGCCGCCUGCCGCAGCGCCACCGGCGGCGCCGACGGCCGCCAGCCGCCCCUGUCUGCCGUGUACGGCCACGACGGCACCGGCCCCGCUGCGCCGCCGGCCGUGGCGGCGACCGCUGCGGCCGUCCGCAUGGCGGAGGUGCAGGCCGCGGAGGAGGGGGUCACCGGCGUCGCGGUGGUGGCCGUGGCGCCCCCGCCGGCAUGGGCGGCGCAUGCCCACGAUGCGGCGCGGCUCCACGCCGUGGCCACUGCACCAGGCAACCUGCAGCACAUGUCCGCCGCCGCCGCCGCUCGUGCCCUGCCCGAUGCGAGUGCUCGCGGCCGCGGCGGCGCGGUAGCGGGGGCGGCGGCAGAGUCGUCAGAGUCGCAGCUGGCGGGCCGCUGGCCGGCGUCCUCGUCAGCAUCUUCACUCAGCAGCGGCGCGAGCGUCGCAGGGGGGCGCUCGGGGCUGGCCAACUGGAUGGGGUGGCUGCCGCGCGGCCGCCACGCGCCGGUGGGGCCGGCUGCGGCGCCGUCCAAGUCCCCGGCGCAGCCUGCACCCACCCCCGCCCCGCCCGCGCCGCCGACCCCCGAGCCGCUGGACGUCGCAGCGCCCUCCACCCAGCAGCCGCAGCCGCGGCGCGCGCUGCCGCCGAGCGAGGCGCUCGCCUGCCUGCCAGGCGCGCCCGCCGCCGCCACCGCGGCGCCGCUCCACGUCGUGCCCUCCGACCCGGGUCUAUACAGGCCUGGCAAAACCUGCGAUGAGGGGACCCAGACGUGGCUGCCGGCUGGCCCCGGUGUGUGGCGCCUGUCGCGCCGCGAACCCGAGAAGGGGGUGCGCCACGGCAUUCUGCCCGGCCUCGCGCGCAGCGUGGCCGCCGGCGCGGCCGCCGGUGUGGCGGUGCUGCUGCUCGGGCGCGCCACGGAUGCGCCUGCGGCGCCCGCACCCCGCGGCGUCGCCAGCGCCGGCGCCGCGCGUGGCCGGCCGGAAAUGUCCGGCUGGCUGGAGGAGGGGAAUGGGCAGGUGGAGGAGCAGCGCGUUGGUGUGUGGCGAGACAGCGGCCGUGACGCGCGUCGCGCUGCUGCUGCGCCGCGGCGGAUCGCUGGGCGUUGA